GAGGGCCAUAUCAUGUACUCACUAGAUGUGGUGUCCCUCUAUACAAAUGUUACAGUGGAGAAGGUGUACGAUCUGGUGGAAGAAAAAUGGGGAGAACUUCAAGAACACACCACCAUACCAUGGGAAAUUUUCAAGCAGGCGAUGAAAACUGUUCUCGAAGCAUCCUUUUUCCAAUACGACGGAAAAUUCUAUGCCCAAACAACGGGGGUCCCCAUGGGCUCCCCGCUUUCACCAGUGAUAGCAAAUCUAAUCAUGGAGAAGGUGGAACAGGAGGCCAUGACCAAACUAGAGCAGAAACACAUCCCACUGACAGUGUACAGAAGGUACGUCGAUGAUUGCUUCCUAAUGGGGAGAAAGGAGGAUGUGGAGAAGGUGGUGGAGCAUUUCAACGCCAUCGAUGAGAAACUGAGGUUCACCGUAGAAGAGGAGACGAAUGGAUCACUUCGCUUUCUGGAUCUCACACUCACGAGAAACGAAGAGCGAAUCCAGAAGGUCUGGUUCCCCAAGCAGAAGGAUGGGCGCUACCUCGACUACAACUCGGAAAGCCCGCAUACCCACAAGGUAAACACGAUGAUCGCUUUGGUCGAUCGAGCACUCAAACUCACGGACGUCGGACAAAGACAGGAGAGCAUUGGAACGGUAAAGAGCAUUCUCCGCAACAACAACUACCCGGAGAAUCUCAUUCAACGAACGGUGAGAGAUCGGGUACACCGGUUGUACAACACAUUAGAGAGGGAGUGCAAUGAGGAACCAAAAAAAUAUGUGUCCAUUCCAAACGUACCGGGUCUCAGCGAGAAGGUGAGCAAGACGUUGAAAAAACAUGACAUCACCGCUUCCUUCAAACCAUGCGACAAGGUAAAAACCACUAUUUUUACGAAACUGAAAGACACUAUACCACCAUUAAAACAGACAAAUGUAGUGUAUUCUAUACCUUGUGGAGCAUGCGAACGUAAGGAAUAUAUUGGACAGACAUCUCAAACACUUGACAAGCGCAUAGCGCAACACAAGAACUCAGUACGCACGAACGCAUCAGCUACGGGACUCACCCAACACGCGCUAGACAACGGACAUCGUUUUGACUUCUCUCGAACUAGAAUUCUGGAGAGAAUCAACAAUGACGCGAGCAGACUAGCAGCAGAGGUAGUUCACAUUAAGAUAAACAAAGAAACGACGGUUAAUUUACAGCGUGACGUAGACGGGUUCUCAAACACAUACAAUAACUUGAUACACAAACUGAAAGACGACCAACGACGAACAAGACGACACCGAGACGGAACAUGACAUAGAUAAUUAGAAUUAAGUGUGCCGCCCCAAAGAACGCAGGCGCGGCGGAAAUUUUCUGAGGAUGACCGAAAAAUAAAAGUAGGUUGAAACGUAAAACCAAAUUACGAUUUUAAUUUAAUAUCAUCACCGAGAAACACCAAUUAAAAUCGAACAAGAUCAAGUAAGCGGUGAUCAAAGCCAUAAGAAGAGAAAACCUAGUG